AUGUCCAACCCUAACAGCACUACGAAACCCCUACGCGUCGGCGUCCUAUACGAAGAAACGCAAAUGAGCGACCUCGUAGGCCUCGACCUCCUCGGCAACCUGACUCCCAAAACCCUCAAUAUGAUUGCCGAAAUGGAGCCAGCACUUGCACCCCUCAAACAGUACGCCAUCCCCAUAGAGUUCCUCUACAUCUCCUCCUCGCUCGAACUCGCCUGGACCACGCCCGAGAUGUUUGUCAAACCAACACACACGUACGAGACUGCUCCGCGCGAUCUCGACAUUCUCCUACUCGGUGGGCCGAACCCAGCCGCCGUCAAGGACGAGAGCCUCACAUUCCUUAGGGAAGCGAGCAAGUCGACGAAAGUCAUUCUGACGACCUGCACGGGGGCCAUGUGGCUUGCGAGGUCGGGAGUGCUAGAUGGGAAGAAGGCUACUACUAACAGGAUGAUGUUGAACGUAGCGAGGAAGAUGCUGCCGCAGGUGGAGUGGAUGGAUCAGCGAUGGGUGGUUGACGAAGGGCAUUUUGAGGGUGCGCAGCUUUGGACUGCGGGAGGCGCAGGCUGUGGUAUUGAUAUGUUUAUGGAGUACACGUACCAGAAUUUUGACAAAAGAGUAGUGGAGACUGGUUGUGAAGGCUUCGACUUUGACUUCCAUGGCCGUAGUCAGUUCUACAAGUCGCCACUUCCUAGCUUUUCCUAGGUUGGUACGUGCCGU